UCAUUCGAAAUCGUAUCAACAGUCAGUAAAGAGCUACAACGCCGUUAUACAGAUCCUGCCAGAUUUGCGGAAGAUACUGAGCUGUUAAACCAAGGCUUCCUACCACAACUGAAACGUCGAGAUAGCUCAUCAGCGCCACUCUACGCGUUGGAAAAUUCACGUCACGACAUAUUUAAAUCACCAAUGAGGAGACUUGUCGUGUCUGGUAGCAACACUGCAAAGUCUGCUACACUUGGUCGUGUUCUGCCACUUGACUGGGCAACACAGAACGGGGCGUGCGCCCUCUCCGAAAAGCAAUUUCUCUUCGCGUUAUCUGCGAAUGACAUGAAGCCAAACCAGACGAUCGAGAAUGCUAUCAAGAAUCAACUUUUACCUGAUCUUGAUGAGGUUGAUGAAGCCCUGAUUCGGCAGUUGCUCAAUAAAAUGCCUGAUGAAAUCGCCAUUCUCAUUGAUGGGGCCAAUGAGAGUAACUGCGGAGAAAACAUCAUGGAUGUCUUGACAGGACGUACACUCCAGAAGGUCACUGUCAUGGUAACGACCAAACCACGCUUUGCAAAAAGGCUCCACCUGAUCACACCGGGUGGGUAUGAUCGCAUUUACAUGGAUUAAUUGACUUAUAUCGGUCUCCCCAGAGUUACAGCAAAUGGAUCCUCACCUUGGCAUUAUGUUAUCAUCAAACAUGGAUGAUUUCACCUAGAAAUGGUGCAUAUUUUCACUGCACUACACUGUAUCUGCACCAGACAUGAUAACACGUGGCUUCUAGUCAAUCCCCGCCCUUUUGACUGCGUUGAUUCGUAUAUGCAUUCCCCAAUCGAAGUUGAAACCACAUGGCCAAGACCACACUAUUUUGUCCCAUACGUUACAGAUCGUACCUAACGAUAAUAUACCAUAUUUAUAAAGCGCAUUUCACAAAUAUGAUUAUAUGUGCUGUAAGUAAAAGACAAACAAGGAAGGAGAAUAUUGAGACGAGUAACAUACGUUCAGCAUACUGAAAUAUCCAUAAAUCAUUUC